CUUUUUCUGACACUCAUUCACGCACAAUAUACUCACUUGAGACUAAUACCAUGUCUUCUUUUGCCGAAAACCCCACCAUUAUCUUUGCCACGGGUGCUUGGCAUACCACCCAAUGUUUUGACCUUGUACGAGAGAAGCUCACCAAGGUCAACUGGCCUACGGAAGCCGUAUCCUACCCUUCAGUCGGAGCUGAGCCUCCAACUAAGGGACUAGCCGAUGACGCGGCCGCCGUCCGGGCCACCAUCGAGAAGCUUGCCGGUGAGGGGAAGCAGGUAGUUCUUGUUGUCCACUCUUACGGAGGCCUGGUCGGCGCUAAUGCCGUCGAGGGACUUGGGUUUGCUGAGCGCCAGGCCAAGGGGGAGAAGGGUGGUGUCAUCUUAUUUGUGUACCUCGCCGCCUUCGUCACGCCCAUGGGCGGAUCCAUUAAACAGAUGCUGGGCGGCCAAUUCUUGCCGUGGAUGAACUUCCAGGGCGACACCGGGUAUGUCCACGCCGAUGACCCCAAGCAGAUAUUUUACCACGACGUGGAGGGCGAGCAGCUCGAGCAGGCUUUGUCCACACUCAAGCACCAGUCCGCCCCCGUCUUCACCGAUGUCGUGAGCUACGAGCCAUGGCACAAGAUCGAGUGCUUGUACAUGAUCUGCGAGGAGGACAAGGCGCUGCCUGCCUUUAUCCAAGAGGGGAUGGCCAAGUCGCUUGGUGAGAGCUCGCAGACCGUUCGCAUCAAGGCCUCCCACUCGCCUUUCUUGUCCCAGCCUGAUGCUGUUGUUGACGGGCUUGUUUCUUCGACCAAGGUUGUGUUGGAGAGGAUCUAGCUGGGAACGGAAUGGGAGUUUGGAGUAUUUUGUUAGAAAGUGAAACACUCUAAACUCCGAUGUGUGCUGUUCCAUUGUGGCGUACUGCGAGUUUGUAAACUGAAACACUGAAGGACUGCUAUACUAAACAUUUUCACUGUUAAAUUAGCGACAACAGCUUUUCAGUCAAAGGUCUAUCUAGACUUUCAAGAAACG